AUGGCUCCUCACGCCCUUCCACCUUCGCCCCGCGCCCGGCACGGUGCCGGCCCAACCCUGCUACAUUCACUCCAUCAAGAGCACAGCUCCGUCUUAAGCCUCGCCGCCGACGACUUUCAUAUCUACACCGGCAGCCAGGACGGCGAGAUAUGCAUCUGGGACAAGCUGACCUUCACGCUCAAAGCGGUAUGGACCGGCCAUACUGGUAGUGUUCUCGCCCUCGAGUACGCCUCGGACAGACAAUGGCUCUUCAGCGCCUCAGGUUCGUCUUCUGACGUUUGGGACACUCGAAGACUGUCCCCCCUCUACAUCCUCCAUCCGUUCCAGGAGACCGCCUCAGGAGACCUCUUCUCGCUCGUAUGGUGCUCACAAUCCCAGACGCUCUACUUUGGCUGCCAGAACACGUCCCUCCAAUGGUUCUCGUUCGCCAUCCCUACCCACGUGCCGGCCUACUUCACGUCAGCCUCUUUCGAAAGCGUCAGCUCAAGUGGCGCGUCGACUCCCACAUCACGCAAGGCGCACAAGUUUUUCGACAGCUAUCCCCAGUACACCCGCCGUCCAGCUGAUCUCGGCGCACGCAAUCCGACAUGCUGCUCGUCCUCCAGUCCUCCUUCCACUGGCUCGAGGACCCCCCCAGAUGGCUGCAUACAGCAGGAAUCUCCGAAGACGCCCCUUGCCGUGCUCCACGUUCCGCAGGAGAACGUCAUCGAUUCGGCGCAUUAUGGCUACGUCUACUGCAUGGCCCACCUGCCAGGUAAUCACGAGGGGUCCGACGACCCUCCGUACCCCGGCCCUGGCAAACGUCGUCUCCAGCUGUUAACCGGGAGUGGUGACUCCACAGUCAAGCAAUGGAAGCUAGCGGAUGACAAGUUUAGACCGUCGCCUCCCGAGCUCAUAUAUUCGUUCGACUGCGAUGCGGGUGCGGUCCUCACACUCGUUUUGAGAGGCGACACCGUCUACGCAGGGUGUCAAGACGGGCUGGUCAAGGUGUGGGAUCUCGAGACGCACACCCUCGUUCGGACAUUACUAGUGGUGGAGAACGCAGAUAUCUUGUCGAUGUCGCUUCUUCACUCGGACUUGUACGUCUGCUCUGCCAAUGGCGAUAUUCAGAGGUGGAACGCUUCCUUCGAACAGACCGGCUGUUGGCGAGGACACGACGGGAUCGUUCUGUCCUCCACAUUUACAGCCCUUCUCCCAGAUGCCGCGCCAGAACAGCAGGAGAAGCACUUCCUCCUAGUCACGGGCGGCGGCGAUGACGUCGUGAAGGUCUGGGACGUGGGCGCCCCAUGCUGCCAGGGUCAGAAUGUAGCUGACAUUGACUACGCUGAUGUCUCCAGAAGUAUCAAUGAUAUCCUCGUCCAUGCCUUAACAAAGUUUGUCUCCAUCCCGAAAGACUGUCGCCAAGCGGCCAUCUGGCUUCGAAAAUGCUUCACGCAACUCGGCGCAGAGGCUUCGCUGCUUCCAACCGGCGAUUCUACAAAUCCCUUGGUGCUAGCGACCUUCCACGGCACGCGGACGGCAUCCGCGCGGCCGCGGCUGUUGUUCUACGGCCACUACGAUGUCAUCUCCGCCCUCCCGGACGGCUGGGACUCGGACCCGUUCGCGCUCACCGGCAAGAACGGGUACCUGUACGGUCGUGGCGCGACGGACAACAAAGGGCCCAUCAUGGCGAUCGCGUGCGCUGCGGCGGACCUUCUUGCGCGCCGGGCUCUCGACAUCGACUUGGUACUGUUGAUCGAGGGAGAGGAGGAGGCGGGGAGCGGCGGGUUUGCUGAGACGGUGAAGCGACAUAAGGAGGCGAUUGGAUCCAUCGACUCGAUUCUUGUCAGCAACUCGACGUGGAUAGCGGAAGACACGCCGUGUAUCACUUACGGCUUGCGCGGGGUCGUUCACUGUAACGUCGAGAUUUCCAACGAAGGCCCCGACCUUCAUUCAGGAGUCGAAGGCGGCGCGGCUCGAGAGCCCAUGUUGGACAUGUCAGUGCAGAUGUGGACAUCCGUGCGGCCUCUUACCGAAGAGGAGCGACAACUCUACAAGGUGCUCUCCAGCGUGACGCAGACACCGGCACACCUACUCUCUGCGCGCUGGAGAGAGCCAUCCCUGACCGUGCACAAUAUCGAAGUUUCCGGGCCGCGAAAUUCCACCGUCAUCUCGUCGAAAGUGCGCGCACACGUCUCGCUGCGUAUCGUUCCAGACCAGGAUCUCGCGACGAUUGCGGCGUCUCUCCGACAACACUUCGCCGACGAGUUCAAGCGGAUGAAGUCUCCAAACCAGCUCAAGGUCAGCAUCGAUCACACGGCUGACUGGUGGCUCGGAAACUUGGACGAUCAGUGGUUUCGAGCAUUGGAAGACGCGGUCAGGGACGAGUGGGAGGUCGAACCACUCAGGAUACGUGAAGGAGGGUCGAUCCCGUCGAUACCCUACUUGGAGAAGGAGUUUGCCUGUCACGCCCUCCAUCUUCCCCUUGGGCAGAGCACGGAUCAAGCACACUUGCCGAACGAGCGAAUAUCCCUGUCGAAUCUGCGGCGGGGCAAACGCGUGGUGGAGCGAUUCCUCACAAUCGCAGCAGCUAACGCAUGUCGAUCAUCGUCGUAG